AUGACAUCAUCAAAAGAAACGUUUAUUCAAAACUAUUCAUCUCUUCGCGUUUUAUUUGUGUUUGACGAAGUGCGCCAGUUAAUGGGCGACGUUACGGGGAAUCGAAAAUUAGCGAAUAACAAAGAAACUCCAUUCAUAAAUCUUCGUCGCGCAACCCGGUGGUUACCCAGUAAAUCAGGAAUAUUUUUUGCUUUGUUAGAUACUACAUCGAGGAUUGCCAAUUUAGCCUCACCAGCCAAGUUAGAUCCAUCGGCACGUGUUGCGGGUGAUGGGAGGAAGUUAUUUCCACCUUUAUAUCACUUUGGAUAUUUGGAUGUUAAUCUUAAACCAGUUUAUGGUCUCAAAUUAGAGGAAGCUUUUAAUCCUGAAAUAUUGUUUCGAUAUGGCAGACCGUUGUGGUCAUCACUGAUUGACCGCGAUUCAAUGGAAAGAAUUCGCAAACUUGCUGCAUCAAAGCUUGUUGGUGGUGGAAAUCGAUUUAUCGAACUUUGGAAUAAUAAAUAUACAAAGUCAAUGCAUCAACUUGAGGCAUUAAGUAUCCUACGAAGUCGCUUUCCAUUCUAUGUCUGUAGAUCUGAUAUUUCUUCGGAACUUAUUGCGGGUUAUCUCUCUUGGUGCUUGUUUAUAUCCGAAGAUCGUUGGCUAGUAAACUCUACUAUGCCAUCAGAAGCAGUCAUCGCAGAGGCUGGUGCAUGUUGGAUGUCAAAGCCAAAAAUCUUAGAUGAACUGUUAGAACACCUCAUCAAGGCUGUGACCAGUGGUUGUAUAGAUGCUGGCCAAGGAGGAGAAAUUUCAGCGCAGAUUUUAGCCAUUCUAGCUCGAGACAAGGUCGCCCUACGAAUUAAUACACCUUUAGAGGAUGAUAUAAUUCCUUUUAUGUCUUCGCCAAUUUUUUUGAAAGAAUUUCUGCGAGAUUUGCUCAACUCAUCAAUUGUAGACGGAUUAGCAAAACGUAGUUCGAAUUUGUCAAAAAAGACAAAAUUGACAGACAUUAUUGAAUGUGGAAAAAUUGCCUUUACACACUUUGUAUAUGUUGAUAGGAUUCCAAAUAUUGCAGAGAUGCUUAUGUUGUUUUCUCGUGGGGCUGCCAUUUGUUGCCGCCGUGGACAGCCAGGUUCUGACUUGAUUGUUAUCGUAUUGCUUCCAAAUGAAAACAAUCAAUACUUAUUGCAAGAACAGUACAUCACUUAUCUUCUAAUUCAAGUGAAGAAUUAUCAUAAUAGGGCGAAGGAUCCCGAAUACAAGUCUUCAGCAACAACGAAGUUGUCAACAGCCUUUACUGGACUAGAUCAAGUUCCACGACAUCUAUAUUUGUCAAUGUAUAUGGGGUUUGGUGGAAAAAUGGCUUGGCAUGAAUUCCCUGAGCCAGAAAUUGCUGUCAAAGCACAAGCGAAUAUGAAUGACUAUCUAGUAAGGGGACCUAAGUAUAAUUUAAAGAUCCAAGAGCUUCGAUCUUCAAAUCUUUCACCUGCUGACAUUGAGACUAUCCGACGUCAUCGUCAAAUUUCUUUUGCGAUUCUUGGGUUUGAUGCUGAAUUGUAUCCUUGCGUUUUUCAAGAAAACUCGCAGCAUGACAGACAAAAAUCACAUAAGUUACAAGGACUGAAAGAUUCUGCAACCUCUAAAAGCAAGCGGCUUGCUCGUAUCUGGGGCGGAAAUGGAAAGAAACAAUUUACAACGGAACUUAACCCGGAGACAACCCGUAUAGUAAGCUAUAUUUACAGAUUACUACAAAGCUUUCCUGAUCCAGUAUCGUUUCACUCGGAAGAGUUAGAAAAAAAGCUGGUACGCAAUAUGGCAACACCUAUGUAUCUGGAUGCUCUUAGUGUAAACGAUGAUGCGGCUAUUCAUGACAACUUUAUAGAAGCAAUUAUUGAAAAUGAUGAUGAUGAUUAA